GGUUGCUCUCCUCUUGAACUGCUGCCAGUCAUUGGUAAAUUGGAAAGGAGGACCUUCAUCUCAGCUCUUCUGCCAGAACAAAGCACCAAAAUGCAACCUGUGUCCCUGCACAGCCUUUCAGAGCUGGAAAGAGCCAGUUUGCAGGAGCUAGCCCUCUACCAGCUGCAAGAAAAGCUGCUUGUUGGAGAUCUCAGCCUGGCUAAAGUUGGACCUAAGGGCAGUAAAUCUAUCCGUCAGAAACUGGAGAGCUUUUCAAAGGAGAAGAAAGACUGCUCUCCUCAGACUUUUGGGAUCCCACUGUGCCAAGUCAUUGCCAAUGACCGUGCAAACAGACAACUGCAAGAAACAGUGAAGAGCAGCCGCCGGUUCUGCGUGGAGGUGGAAGAAACAGUGACAAACUUUCGGGCUCAGAUGCAGAAGAGAUCCCCGCUGGGCAGGGGCUGUUUGCUGGUACCUUAUGAAGUGUUCCCUGAAGAGCCUCUUUCCCCAGAUUUUCCUGACCAUAACUCUUCCUGGAGUCAACGAAGGGGAGCCAUGUCUGUGGACUGCAUCACUGAACUGAGUGGCAACAGUUCCAAGCUGCUGGAGGCACUGCAGUUGUCACAUCCCCAUGAGCUGGAUCCCCGGAGGAACCUGGGCAAGAAAAAGAUGUUAAGCCUCAACCCCAUCAGCUGGCAGGUCCCACGGAUUGUGGACAGAUGUUGCAAACACAUUGAAACAUAUGGUCUCCAAACGGUGGGCAUCUUCCGGGUUGGGAGCUCCAAGAAAAGAGUUCAGCAGCUGAGAGAAGAGUUUGACCAUGGGCUGGAUGUCUUCUUGGAUGAGCAUCAAAGUGUUCAUGAUGUCGCUGCUCUGCUCAAAGAGUUUCUUCGUGACAUGCCAGAUUCACUGAUUCCCAGGGAGCUCUACACAGCCUUCCUCAGCACAGCCUCUAUGGAGGGCCCACAACAGCUGGCUGUGCUGCAGCUGCUGCUCUUCCUGCUGCCCCCCUGCCACAGUGACACGCUGCACCGUCUCCUGCAGUUCCUUAGCAAGGUGGCACAGCAUGCUGAGAACUCCUGGGGCCCCAAUGGCCAGGAGAUCCCUGGGAAUAAAAUGACAGUUUCAAACUUGGCCACUAUCUUUGGUCCCAAUAUCCUUCAGAAAGAGAGGCCUGGAGAAAAAGAUGCUGGAGCCAUGAACUUUGAAGACAGUACAGCUAUCAUACUGGUGGUUCAAAGGCUGAUUGAGCAUUAUCAGACCUUGUUCAAGGUCUCUCCAGAAACACAGCAUGGCAUCCUCAGGAGACUGUUUCAGACAGACCCUGAUGUCAUUGACUACCUCUUACGCAGGAAAUUCAAUGCUGUGCUGCGCACAGAAAGUGAGAAUUCGACAGAGGAGCAUGCUCCAAUCCUGAUGUCUCAUCAGACCCCGGAAAGUAACUCACUCUCAGAGUUGUACAGCAACAUCUCAUUCCUGAACUUGAACAUUGGCAUCUAGCCAGAAAUCAGCUCUGCCUUCCAUGGACAAAACUGGGCAACAUUUCCACUACAAAAAUACAAAAAUAUGUUCUCUAUCCUGCUUUGGAGGAGUGGAAAAUGGAAGGGUGCAUGAAUGUAUGCGAAAGUAUCUUUGCUAAAUGUAGGCGUGCAAAAUGGUUCCAGUGUAGUCAGUUCUGCAGCAGAAUGGAUUUUCAGUUACAGUUUCAUUGUCUGGUAGCUCACAGGGACAGGGCUGGGAGAGAAGCAGCUUGGGCUGAGAUCCACUGGGCGUGACUGGCCUGAAACACAAGUGAGCAGAGACUGCUAGCAGGGCAGUAAGGAUGGGAAAAUGCAGUUCAACUUCAUGCAGUCCAUACUUUGGUAUGCCACUUGCUGUGUGUUGUCCUGUCACUGCUUUGUGCAGAAAGACAUCUCAGAGCUGAAGAAAUGACCAUAACCCACCAUUACUGCAAAGAUCUGCGUGCCAUGUUCAGAAAGAAUCAUGGAUAUAUGUAUAUAUUUAAAUUUUGAUUUCAGGUUUCCAACUGCUAAUUUUAUAGAUAGAAAACACAGUACUGACCACAGAAUAUAUAGGUAGUGUAGUACAAAAAAAAAGUAUACUCUGAACGUCUUUAUUCCUUGAAUAAUAUUCAGUAAGUAGACCAUCUAAUGUAUUAUAAUGUAUUAUGGAUAUUGAGUGUCUUAUGAUCUUUGGCUGAUAAAUGUCUGGUUUGGUUUUUUCCUGCAUCUGAGGCAUUGGAAGGCACUGCAAGUUACGUGCAAAUGUAUGUUUUUAGCUGAUGGGAUAGAAUGAAAGUUAUCAGCAAAUAUUUUCUGCAGUAUUCUUUCCAUUUGCACUGCUAGACAUGUUUGGUGGCUCCUUCCCCAAUCGACCCCUAGGUUGGGCUGUCCUUAGACGAAACAGCAGUGAAAGGAGGGGUGCUAUGGAAAGCCUUCCCCAGGCCUUCAGGUAGGCCCGAAGCACACUGAUCCACAGCCAGCAUAACAUAGGAUAAAGCUGCCCAUGGUGUUCCCAGGCUUGUUCUUGCUUUGUUCACACACCAGAUAUCUGGAGGAGGGGAAGCUGCUCUUCUGGGAUCAGUUAAUCACAUGCGGAAGGCCAAACUUUCAGCAAGCAUAGGACAGAAUGUCCCAGUGAACAGGGAGUAGGGGCUGAGGCAGAGUUUGAGUCUGCAGGGAAGAGUGCUUGUUUUCUAGUUGGUAGAUCAGAAGGAGAGGCUGAAAUAAAGGAGCAUAGGAUGGGGGGGUGACUGUAGAUUUGCAAGUUCUUUGAAUGAAUCUGCCUUUUCUAACAGUUCUGUCUUGUCUUCAGGUGAAGGCUUAUGCUCUGGAAGUGAUACAGCUUUGGGUAUUGGAAGCAUUUCAGAGGUUUAGUUCUGUCAUGCCAUGAUAUGAUGAAAAUGUUUGCCUUUGUGCUCCUGAUAGCUUCUGACCUCUUCUAAAGGCUGUUUUCCUGAUGUGGUACAAAGAUGGUGUAUGUGGAAAAGGAGGUCACAGACAAGGAGACAACAAUGCUGUAAACCAUGCACAAAACACUUUUUGUCUUUCAGAUGUUUUUUGAGAUCAUGAAUUUUAUAUUUGCUUGGUCUGAGAUGUCAAUGAUCAUAUUCAUAUUCAAAGUCGAGACUUUCCUUCCAAGAAAAUGCAGAGUGCCAAGAAGAGAGCGAGCACAUAGGAAGUUAAGAGAUCACAUGUGGAGAGAGAAUAGGUGCCCAAAGGAGUGUUGAUGUAGAGAACUAGGACAGACAGGUAGGGAAGGAAGAUGGGUAAAGCUGGAGUGCUGCAGAACAGGAAGGAGGCAGGAUAUGAGAUAUGCUGGCAUUUUUUUGGUGCUGGGGAAAGAGGGAUCUGGUGUCACAGCUCCUCCCUUUUGGACACCCUGAAAUCAACUGCAAAUCUAUUACUUAUUCUGGAGGUAGAGAUCAUGAGAUACACAAUGACACUUAUUUUCUUUGAACUGUGGAGAAAUUGAGUGGAUUUGUAACUCAGGGCACAGGUUGCCUGGCUCCUUUUUCUAUUUGCCCUAUAGGUCUCUACCAACCUGACAUUUAUGUUACAUUUAGGCAACACUGAGUUUUUCCUGUGUGAUGGAAACUUCUGGUUACUAAUUAAUUUUAUCUUACCUGAAUUCAUAUAUUAUUUGAUACUCUUCCAAAUGCAGUCUUUGCAGGAAACUGAUUAAAAUUUAUCUGUACAGAGGCUCCCAUCCCAUCAGAAGCACUUCCUUUCACUGUGAGUUCCUCAUCAGCACUGCCAUCCACUGACGUAUGGAAAUAGUAUUUGUUUGUUUGUUGCUGUAGUUUGAAUGUCUUACACUGCCAUGUUGUGUAGAAGCUGAUGUACUUCGCACCCCUUCCUCUCAACAAAAUGGCUGGAAAAUAGAAGAAUACUUUUGAAAAGGA